ACAUAGAAUGGUUCCAAACCUUGAUGGUAGUGGCUGCACUUAUAGCCACCAUCACCUUCGCAGCUGCUUUUGCAAUUCCCGGUGGCUAUGAUGGAAACCAAGGUCGACACCAAGGCAUGGCAGUCCUAGCAAGAGCAACAGCUUUCCAAGCGUUUGUCAUAACCAACACCGUAGCCAUGAUAUGCUCCUUCAUAUCUCUAUUUCUAUGCAUCACUGGUUUAUGGUUUGCUUACACAGGAGAUGAUGAUGCUUAUGAUCUUGCCAUUGCUCGCUAUGUUGGUGCGGUUGUUCUUAUUUUAGUUUCCAUGUUUUUCCUGAUGACUGCGUUCAUUGCAGCUACUUUUGCCAUGUUAGCACAUGUUACCGUGUUUUCUGUGUCCACUUGUAUUAUUGCUUGCAUCCCCUUUAUUGCAAAUAUUUUGGAACUCAGAAAGUUUGUUUCCAAAUUUUUGAGCCAGAAGAGUCGUGUGCUUAAAACGUAUAAAACGUAUUCAACUGUCCUUCAAAGAGACAAAAGCCAACAACUGGGCCUGACUCAUCCUUUUACUUUCUCAUGUAUCAUGUUUUGA